UUAAAGCCAGCACUAGUGCAGUAGCUAGCAUGCAGCCAGCCAGCGAGUAGUAGUAGUAGCAGUUAGUGCGUGGCCGCCAUGGAAAGGAAGCCCGCCGCUGCGGCGGCGCUGGUAGUAGUAGUAGUAGUAGUACUCGCCGCCGCGCUCUUCUCCGUCGGCGAGGCGGCGCACCCUCGUCGCUGUGUGACGAGCACGUACCGGCGGAAGCACCAGGCCUCCGACGACAUGCCGAUGGACGCGGACGUGUUCGCGGUGCCGCCGGGCCGCAACGCGCCGCAACAGGUGCACAUCACGCUCGGGGACCAGACCGGCACGGCCAUGCUCGUGUCCUGGGUCACCGUGGAGGCCGAGGGCAACAGCACCGUCCUGUACGGCCGCGCCGCGGACAGGCUCGACCUCGCCGCCGAGGGCACCACCACCCGCUACACCUUCUACAACUACACCUCCGGCUUCAUCCACCACUGCACGCUCACCGGCCUGGACCACGGCACCCGGUACUACUACGCCAUGGGGUUCGGCGACACGGUGCGCACCUUCUGGUUCACCACGCCGCCCCCGCCCGGCCCUGGCGCGCCGCUCCGGCUGGGUCUCAUCGGCGACCUCGGCCAGACGCCCGACUCCAACAGCACGCUCACCCACUACGAGCAGCACCCCGGCGACGCCGUGCUCUUCGUCGGCGACCUCUCCUACGCCGACAAGCACCCGCUCCACGACAACAACCGCUGGGACACCUGGGGCCGCUUCUCCGAGCGCAGCGUCGCGUACCAGCCCUGGAUCUGGACCGCCGGCAACCACGAGAUCGACUACGCGCCGGAGAUCGGGGAGACGGUCGCGUUCAAGCCCUUCUCCCACCGCUACCCGACGCCGUACCGCGCCAGCGACUCGUCGGAGCCGUACUGGUACUCGGUGAAGAUGGGGCCCGCGCACAUCAUCGUGCUCUCCUCCUACUCGGCCUUCGGCAAGUACACGCCGCAGUGGAAGUGGCUGGAGCAGGAGCUGAAGCGCGUGGACCGGGAGACCACGCCGUGGCUCUUCAUCAGCGCGCACGUGCCCUGGUACAACAGCAACAACUUCCACUUCAUGGAGGGCGAGCCGACGCGCGUGCAGUUCGAGCAGAUGGCCGUCGACGCCCGCGUCGACAUCGUCUUCGCCGGCCACGUCCACGCCUACGAGCGCAGCCACCGGUACUCCAACAUCAAGUACAACAUCACCGACGGCAAGUGCACGCCCGUCGCCGACCGCCGCGCCCCAGUAUACAUCGUCAUCGGCGACGGCGGCAACAUCGAGGGCCUCGCCGACGAGCUCACCUGGCCGCAGCCGGCCUACUCGGCGUUCCGGGAGUACAGCUACGGCCACGCCGUGCUGGACAUCAAGAACCACACGCACGCACACUACGCCUGGUACCGCAACCACGACGGCAACAAGGUCACCGCGGACACCACCUGGUUCACCAACCGCUACCACAUGCCCAACCACGACGACUCCGUCUACUCGAACACUGCCUACGUGUAAUACUAUCCACCACACAAACCUGCUUCCCCGAAUGCAUGCACCAGAAUUGUGCACUGCUUGUUGCCAACAAUAAGGCUACUUACAUUGCAGCCAUGAAAAUCGAUAUGAUCAUGUAGAGUUCCAUCUACAUGCAUGGAGGAGAUGUGCACUUGUGUAUUUACAUACAAAUGAGAAUAAGAUGGCAUGACCAGUUCAUCAUGAUAA